AUGUCUCUCCGAACGUGCAGCCAGCGCAUUGGCGCAGCAUUGCGAACACAAACUCGCAAUGUCCAUCCCACCACGACUCGACGCGCGUAUGCGGCAGCGGCAACAGCAGCUUCGAGUCUGCCGGCAGACAAGCUGAAAGCCAUUGAGAAGGAAGCAUCUCUACGAACACCCGAUCCCCCCUCCGAUUCACAGACAGCCCGCUUGGUCAACUCGCACACACCUUACAUGGUCCCAACAUAUGUCCGCCCACCGCCGGUAUUCCACAAAGGAGAGGGAUGUUACCUAUGGGAUGUGGAGAACAGGCAAUAUCUCGACUUCACUGCAGGAAUUGCAGUCAAUGCAUUGGGCCACUGUGACCCCGAGAUGAGCAAAAUCCUUUACCAGCAAUCGCAAACAUUGGUACACGCCUCGAAUCUCUACUACAAUCCAUGGACAGGAGCUCUCAGUCAGCUACUCGUGGAGAAGACCAAAGAAGCCGGUGGCUUCGAUGUAAGCCGAGCUUUCAUCUGCAACUCUGGCAGUGAAGCAAAUGAGGCCGCUAUCAAGUUCGCACGAAAGUAUGGCAGGAGCGUACAAGCUGAUGGCAGCAAGUUUGAGCUUGUCAGCUUCAAUGGAUCUUUCCAUGGCCGAACAAUGGGAUCACUAUCAGCAACACCGAACCCGAAGUACCAGAAACCAUUCUCUCCGAUGAUUCCAGGAUUCAGGUACGGCACGUUGAACGAUGUCAGUGCGAUCAAAGAUCUUGUCACCGACAGCACGUGCGGUGUCAUUGUUGAGCCAAUUCAGGGCGAGGGUGGUGUGAACGUCGCAACGCCCGAGUUCCUCAUCGCUCUGCGAAAGCGCUGCACAGAGGUGGGUGCAGUGUUGAUCCACGACGAGAUUCAGUGCGGUAUGGGACGUACUGGUAAACUCUGGGCCCACGCCGAUCUACCUGCAGAGGCACACCCGGAUAUUGUCACUACAGCAAAGGCGCUCGGAAACGGCUUCCCAAUCGGAGCUACCCUGGUGACUGAGGAUGUGUCGAGCAAGAUCGUGACCGGUGACCAUGGAACUACCUUUGGUGGCAAUCCUCUUGGUUGCCGUGUGGCGCAUUACAUUGUUUCACGCCUGUCAGAGCCAGAGUUGCUCAAGGACGUUCUAAAGAAGGAAGCACGAUUCCGCCAGCACUUUGUUCGCAUCCACGAGGCAUUCCCUGAUGUUGUGCAAGAGGUCAGAGGUCGCGGCUUAAUACUGGGUCUGCAGCUCAACGAAGACCCUACGCCGGUCAUCACAGCCGCACGAGAACGCGGUCUGCUCAUCAUCACCUGCGGCACGAACACUUUGCGCUUCGUGCCACCGCUCAUCAUCUCAGAUUCUGAGAUUGACGAGGGUAUGAAGAUUCUUCAAGACUCUAUGCAUGCUGUCUUCAAAGCUCCUGGCAAGAUCGAAGGCACAGAUGGCCAGCAAGAAAUGAGACCCCUUUGA